UUUAAUUUGGCUCAAUGGUUGCUCCACACUCCAGCUCAGUAGUUGGCGGCAAUGCACCUUGGGCUGGUAGGUAAACGGCCAGUAAACUACAGAAGAAGACUGAUUCAUGUUUUCCGCCGCUUAAAUUCAAGUAAUUCACGUGGAAGGAGAGCAGCGUGAGGGUUUUUGCCGUCGGCAGGAACACGAAUAACGACAGAAUGACGCAGUUAGGCAGUGUAAUAAAACCUAAGACGAAGCGCUCCAAGCGCUUCUUGGAAAGCAGAGUACCUAAGUUGACGGAGGAUGUGAAGAGUGCCAUGAUUAUGAAAGGGGGGAACACCAGUCAGACAGUCACCCAGGCCCUCAAGGACAUAUAUUCUCUGAAGAAACCCAGUGCUGUGCUGUACAAGAAAAAGAACAUAACUCGGCCGUUUGAGGACUCAACAUCGCUGGAAUUUUUCUCCAAGAAGUCCGACUGCUCACUGUUUCUGUUCGGCUCUCACAACAAGAAACGGCCCAACAACCUCAUAUUUGGUCGCCUGUUUGACUUCCACGUGCUUGAUAUGUUUGAGCUUGGAAUCGAGAAGUACGUCUCUCUGAGUGAGAUUAAGACUAGUAAGUGUCCUGAGGGGACCAAACCGAUGCUUGUAUUUGCAGGAGAGGCUUUCGAUGCAGACAGUGAGCACAAACGUCUCAAAAGUCUGCUCAUAGACUUCUUCAGAGGGCCCACUGUGCCUGCUGUGCGUCUGGCUGGUUUAGAGCAUGUCCUGCACUUCACUGCCCUGGACGGGAAAAUAUUCAUGCGCAGCUACAGGUGUCUGCUGAAGAAGUCUGGGUGUCGGACACCGCGGAUUGAGCUGGAUGAGAUCGGGCCAUCGUUUGACUUUGUCUUAAGAAGAACUCAUUUAGCUUCAGAUGACUUCUACAAGUUAGCCCACAAACAGCCCCGGGCCCUGAAGCCCAAGAAGAAGAAAAACAUUUCCCAUGAUGCCUUUGGUACCAGGUUUGGCCGGGUGCACAUGCAGAAGCAGGAUCUGUCCAAACUACACACGCGAAAGAUGAAGGGCCUGAGGAAGAGAAAGGCAGCUGUGACUGCUGAAGAGCAGGAAGGACAGCCACUCAAAGUGGCCAAAGUUGAGGGCUGAGAUGGGACACCUGGACUGCUCACACCAGCUGUGCAUGGACUGGGCGGUGUUGGUCAUUGUGGUAGUCAAUAGUCCUUGGUCAUGUGCUUAUCAUUACCAGCUUUCACUGGUAUAGGGACGUGGCAUGUGAUUUGCCCCCAGGCAAUCAGAAAACACAUCAGUUAUUCUUCUCUCCCUGUUCUAUUUCCUCAUGUGACAUCCGGGUGUCUCUUUUUUUAAUUUUUUAUUAGUAUUAUGAAUGUGCCAGCUCACUUGUAUGGUAAAACCACAAAGCAUCAGAAAAUGGCAAAGUGCAGCCAAUGUUAUCCAUUGGCAGUUCUUCUAGGAGGUUGAAGUAUGUUAAAAGAAAAUGUCACUGGCAGCAGUCACUUUCUUAAAGAAAAUAAAAUUG